AUGGUUAACUUCACUGUAGAUCAAAUAAGAGAGAUCAUGAAUAAGCAAUAGAACAUCAGAAACAUGUCAGUCAUCGCUCAUGUCGACCACGGAAAGUCAACUCUAACCGAUUCUUUGCUCUGUAAGGCUGGGAUCUUGUCAGCCAAAGAGAGUGGAGACAAGAGAAUGACUGACACAAGAGAGGAUGAACAAUUAAGAGGGAUAACAAUCAAGUCUACAGGAGUAUCAUUGUACUAUGAAUUUGAUAUUAACUACAACAACGUCAAGGAGUAGUUCUUGAUCAAUUUGAUAGACUCUCCAGGACAUGUAGACUUUAGUUCUGAAGUCACAGCAGCUCUCAGAGUGACUGACGGAGCCUUGGUAGUUGUGGACUGUGUGGAAGGAGUCUGUGUGCAGACAGAGACAGUACUCAGACAAGCCAUGCAAGAGAAGAUCAAGCCAGUGGUGAUGAUAAAUAAGAUUGAUAGAGCAAUACUGGAACAAAAACUUGAUGGUGAGACUAUGUACCAGAAAUUUGUCAGAGUCAUUGAUAAUGUGAACGUGAUCAUUUCCACCUAUCAACAAGAGGACAUGGGAGAACUAUAAGUACAACCAGAACUUGGGUAGGUAGCCUUUGGAUCAGGUAAGGAAUGCUGGGCAUUUUCAUGUUCGAAAUUCGCCAUGAUAUAUGCUGCCAAAUUCAAGGUUGAACCAAAGAAACUACAAGAAAGAUUGUGGGGUGACAACUACUUUGAUGAUGAGAGCAAAUGUUGGAGGAAGGAUAGUGAAGGAGCUUCAGGAAAGUAAUUGAAGAGAGCUUUCGUUGCCUUCAUUAUGGAUCCCAUAUGUAAGAUGGCCAAUGCUAUCAUGGAAGGUAAUAUGGAAGUAGCUAAUAAGAUGUUCAAUGUCUUAGGGUUGAAACUUACAUAGGAAGAGUAGAAGUUGAAUGGUAAGCAUCUCUUGAAAGCUGUUAUGUCAAAGUGGAUUAAUGCUGCAGACACCUUGAUUGAGAUGAUUAUUUGUCAUCUGCCAUCACCUAGAGAGGCUUAGAAAUACAGAACCUCUUAUCUUUAUGAAGGACCUUAGGAUGAUGCCAUAGCUUAAUCAAUGAGAGAGUGCAAUCCCAAAGGACCCUUGAUUAUGUAUGUAUCAAAGAUGGUACCAACCUCUGAUAGAAGUAGAUUCUUUGCCUUUGGUCGAGUGUUUUCAGGCACCAUAGGCACAGGAUAGAAGGUGAGAAUCAUGGGACCAAAUUAUAAGCCUGGAAAGAAAGAAGACUUGUUUGAGAAGGUAGUCCAAAGAACAGUAUUGAUGAUGGCUAGUAAAGUAGAAUACAUACCUGAUGUCCCAUGUGGUAAUACUGUUGGUCUAGUUGGUGUGGAUGAUGUCAUAUUGAAGACAGGUACUAUCUCAGAUAAUCCUGAAAGUCAUUUGAUCAGAUCAAUGAAAUAUUCAGUAUCACCUGUAGUGAGAGUGGCAGUCAAGCCUAAGAACCCAGGAGAACUACCAAAAUUAGUAGAGGGGUUGAAGAGAUUAGCUAAAUCAGAUCCUUUGGUGCUUUGUACAACUGAGGAGUCAGGAUAGCAUGUGGUAGCAGGAUGUGGAGAAUUGCAUGUAGAGAUAUGCUUGAAUGAUUUAGAGAAGGACUUCGCUAACAUUGAAAUCAUAAGAUCAGAUCCCAUCGUAUCUUAUAAGGAGACUGUUUCAGCUACAUCCAAAAUUGUAUGUAUGGCCAAAUCUCCUAAUAGUCACAACAGACUCUAUGCUUAAGCAGAGCCACUUCAUGAAGGACUUCAAAAUGCCAUCGAGAAAGGAGAAGUCACAGCGAAGGAUGAUAAUAAAGGAAGAGCUAAAAUACUAUCAGAACAAUAUGAAUGGGAUAAGGAUGAUGCCCUUAAGAUAUGGACUUUCGGUCCUGACAAUUCAGGUCCAAAUAUUCUGAUGGAAAAAACAUCAGGUGUUCAGUAUAUGAAUGAAAUUAGAGAAUCUAUGGAAAGUGCUUGGUAAUGGUCUAGCAAAGAAGGUCCACUUUGUGAAGAGAACCAAAGGGGAGUCAGAGUAAAUAUCCUAGAUUGUGUCUUACAUGCUGAUGCCAUUCAUAGAGGAGGAGGACAAAUUAUACCAACAGCCAGAAGAUUGUACUAUGCCUGUGAAUUGACAGCAUAACCUAAACUUUAAGAACCCGUCUUUUUAGCAGAAAUUACUGUGCCUAUUGAUUCAACUGGUGGUGUGUAUAACUGUUUGAAUACAAGAAGAGGAGUGAUUAUUGAAGAAGAACAAGUUCCAGGAACACCUCUAUCAUUAAUUAGAUCAUAUUUGCCUGUUGCUGAGUCUUUCGGAUUCACAGCCCAUCUCAGAGGUCUUACUCAAGGUUAAGCCUUCCCUUAGUGUGUGUUUGAUCAUUGGGCUAUACUCAAUGGUGAUCCACUAGAGCCUGGUUCAAAAAUUAAUGAAUUGGUACUGAGUAUAAGAAAGAGAAAGGGAAUCAAGGUUUAGCUCCCAGACCUAAACGAAUAUUUAGACAAAAUAUGA